GACAGAUGAGGCCCGGUGUUUAACGGUUAUUAACCGGCUCUCUGUGAUGAUGAAAGUCAUCGGGGGAGUUUUUAAACGGUUAACGGCGCAGUUCGCUAGCGAGCCGUUAGUACUUAGUUACCGUUAGCAACAACAACCGUUAGGUUAACUUCGAUUGUCCUCAGCCGUUAGCCGUGUAGCUAACUGGUAGCCACUAUGAUUGUUCUUGUUGGUGCCAGUGGUGAUGGUGGACAUGGGGGAUCAAGCUGAACAUUGCUGUUGAGUUCUCUGCAGAUGUUGUGAUGUAUUGUCCCAAACCUGAUCAAGCAAACUACUUUUACAAAUGAGGUGCUGCUUGGUUACAGGACGUGUGUCCUAUCACUGAGGCCACAUGUGUAUCGGGAGAGAUGGAUCGUUGUAAGCACGUGGGACGCCUUCGUCUCAGCCACGACCAUUCCGUCCUCAAUCCACAGAAAUGGCACUGUGUGGACUGCAGCACCACCGACUCAGUGUGGGCCUGCCUCAAGUGCUCCCACGUGGCCUGCGGACGUUUCAUGGAGGAGCACUCACUCAAACACUUUCAGGAGUCACAACACCCACUGGCUAUCGAGGUGCGUGAGCUGGAUGUGUUCUGUUUUGCCUGUGGAGACUAUGUACUCAAUGAUAACGCAGAGGGAGACCUCAAACUCCUCAGAGGGGCGCUAUCUACUGUUCGCAGCCCAGGUAGACGCUCACUACGCUCCUCCACUGGGGGAGAGUGGGUUGGGGAAGGUGGGCCGCAGCCCGCCAUGCAGUUGGCCUCGCGUCACAGGAGGAAAGCACUUCUAGGGAAGAUGCUUCGGAUGUGGAUCGGUAAACAUCAGGAGCUGCAGAAUAAGCGUGAAGAGGAACUCGAGGAAGCUAGAAGACAAAAAAAAGAGGUAAAAAGGAGACUCAUGGAAGAGCUUGGCAAUGUCCCUCCUAGAAAGAGUGCUAGGCUUCUUACUCAGGCGCCCCGUUCAACCAUCACACUCAUUCCUCGCAAAUUUCGAGACCCUCCAGAACGCCUACCUCCUCCUCCUCCUCCCAAGAAGCCUUCCCUUCUAACCCUGUCCCGCAAGGCUCCUCAGAAUGGCAGAGCUGCUAAACUGAGGAGGUACUACUCCACACAAGCGGUAACCCGCCGGAGACACGCUCCAGGUGUCACUGGUCUGCGCAAUUUGGGGAACACAUGCUACAUGAACUCAAUAUUGCAAGUGCUGAGCCACCUGCAGAAAUUCAGGGAGUGUUUUCUCACUUUGGACCUGUGUGAGACCGAGGAGCUGCUGGCCAAGACCAACCACUCCCAGGGGUUGAAGGGUGUGACAGGAGGUGUAGUCAGCAGUGGUAACACAGCACUGUCAGGGUGCCCUCUUGGACGCAUGGGGAAGGCGGGCAGUUGGAAUUUGCCCGUGGGCAAAAAAGAAAGUGCCCCGCCUUCCCCGCAGGCUUCGGAGUUGGUCCAGCCAAAGGAGGCUGGACCAACUCGCUGCUCCACCCGCCAGCAGAUGUCUCUGUGCCAUGAGUUACAUACACUUUUCAGGGUCAUGUGGUCGGGCCGGUGGUCUUUAGUGUCUCCAUUCGCCAUGCUGCACUCCGUGUGGAACCUCAUCCCGGCUUUCCGUGGUUACGACCAGCAGGACGCCCAGGAGUUCUUGUGUGAGCUGCUGGACAAGGUGCAGCAGGAGCUGGACACGGAGGGGUCCAAACGCAGGAUAGUUAUCCCCAUCACAAAGAGGAAGCUAUCCAAGCAAGUGCUAAAGGUUCUCAACACCAUCUUUCAUGGGCAGUUACUCAGCCAGGUGACGUGUCUGUCCUGUAAGCACAAGUCUAACACAGUUGAGCCGUUCUGGGAUUUGUCUUUGGAGUUUCCAGAGCGAUACCACAGCAUAGACAAAGGCUCAGGCUCCACAGCUUACCAGCGCAGCUGCACCCUCACUGAGAUGCUGUCCAAGUUUACGGAAAUGGAGGCUCUCGAAGGCAGCAUCUAUGCCUGCAACCACUGCAACAAAAGAAGACGGAAAUCAUCCCACAAACCCUUAGUUCUGUCAGAGGCACGUAAGCAGCUUCUGAUCUACCGUUUACCUCAGGUUCUACGGCUGCACCUCAAACGCUUCAGAUGGUCGGGGCGGAACCAUAGGGAGAAAAUCGGCGUCCACGUGGCCUUCGACCAGGUUCUGAACAUCAAACCAUACUGCUGCACAGGCUCAGGUCACUCUGUCCACAGAGGAGGCUACACCUACGAUCUGUCUGCUGUCGUUAUGCAUCAUGGUAAAGGCUUCGGCUCAGGGCACUACACCGCAUACUGCUACAACACAGAAGGAGGUUUCUGGGUCCACUGUAAUGACUCUGACAUGAAGGUGUGCAGUGUGGAGGAAGUGUGCAACACUCAGGCCUAUAUCCUCUUCUAUACCCAGAGGUCUGCCUAGGUACCUCUCGCUGUGAUGUCGGCCUGUAACGCAGCAACUCGAGGCUGCAUUUAUGAAAACGUUCUGAUGUUUUCCCAGAUGUCAUUAAAACAAUCACUUUGGGAUGAUUUUACUAAAAAAAGAUAGCAACGGGGGCAGUAGGACAGCCACAAUCGUAAAUCAAGGUGGAAAUGUGAGCAGCAUAAUCCAGAUGAGGAAGAUGAUGAUGAUGAUGAUGAUGAUGAUAAGGGUACACAUGGCAAGGUAAAUUGAAGGAAAAUAAUUUGGAUUUAAAUGUUCUAAUGGGUGGUUAACUAACUAAAAAAAGAGAAAGAAAUCAAAAACCUUUUCAUAAAUGAGGCCGCAGCUUUCUCGGCCUGUGGGACCAGCAUAUCGGUUAAUGGCCUGAAGACUGUGGGAGCAGGUCCGACUCUGUCCUGCUGAACACCACGUUGUGUGUCCGUCUUUCUAAAAACAAUCAGGCUCACGUCUGUUGAGUCUCGAUCCAACCAGGCGCUCUCCUGAGACAGCAUUUUACAUUCAAAAGGCAACACAGAUUCUGGAUUUUUAGCGCAUUUUUAAUCCCAAUAAUGUUGCUUAAUGUGCCUUUUAUAUACAUUUGAUAGCCAAUGCACUACAUCUUAUAAGAGGUACAUCUUUCAACAUCAUUGUGUAGUUUCCACUUGAAUGAAAUUAAUCUAGCGACUAAAGUCCAGACGCUGUGUCGCCUCCUGUUCAGCUUUUUUAAUUAUCGUGAAAUGGAAACUUUUACUACUCAUCCCUGUGUCGUUUGUACUUCAUCAUGUCCUCUCCUCAAUUGUUCUGCUGUGACUGGAUACUGUGCGUUAGGCUCGAGGCCCGUGGCUCUCAGUGGACAGGAAUAGUUUUUUGUUUUAGUUUAUUUUGUAGUCAUUCUAUGUUUCACUUUCACGGAAACACUUGAUUGAUGACGAGUGACGGAAAGCUGCACUUUUGAGGAGGGGCUACUAUCGUUGGUCCUAUCUUUGUGAUUGUUCAUCUUUUAGCUCCUGUAUCUUGUUUAAAUGGCAGCUCCCCCUGUGGUGUAACGGUUAGACUAGUCAGAGCCCGGGUCGGAGAACGCUGCGCCUGCGUUUUUAACUGCAGGAGAUGAGAAGAUGAGUGAAAGGGCAGACUGAGAUACAGAAGAAUGUGUUGGGGUACUUUAUUUUGAGCACCUGAAAGCAAUAUAUUGUACAUCUUGCAUCUUGACAGGAAUUUAAGAUAAAAUCAGGAAUUCUUCUGCUUGUUAUACAAUGUUUUUUUUCUACUCUGCUGUUUCUAUCAAGGUCUUUAGAAUUUGCUAGGUAAUCAAGAAAAACUGUCGACGUGUUUGAUACGAGUCAAACGCAAAAAUACAUUUGUGAACUCUAUGUAAAAGUUGGAACAAUCUAAUGACGAUGAAUGUCUUACUUUUCAGCGGUCAGGUGUGGCCAUGCCACCGGCUCUGAUCCCCUUGAGUUCUGUCUUGUACUGUAAGAAUACCUGUCAUAAAUGUAAUGGUCAUAUGGGUUUUGCCUGAUGGUAAUUAUUAAAAAGACAAAACAAAUUUGAAA